AUGGGAGGCCGACGUCACCCUGCACAGCGGAGGAGUGGAUGGCCUCUCUCUCUGUCUGUAAUAAAAAUACAUGAAGUGAAUUGAGGAAAAGGAGAAGAUUGGCCGACGGCGGGGGGGAAGCAACAACACUCCGUUUCAUUCCUUUCUUCACACCACGCGACUCAACAGUGGAAGUAGGACGCCUUUCUUUUUUUUACGCACGCGUGGAUGAAUUUUCGCUGCUGCGCCGGGGACUCAGGCUGAAAUGCUGUGUUAUGUGUGGCUUUCUUGGCUUUUUUUUUCUCCCCUCAGCAGACAGAGAGAGAGAGAGAGAUAACUGUACUGUAUUCCAGACUAGCGGAUUGGAGUGAAAGUCCGCCAUAUUCUUGCCUUACCACGCCCGGGGAGUGGAGCCAUUGGAAAAUAAACGGAGAGCUUUUAUUUACAUGUGUUUCCCAAAUGUCUUCCUCAUCCACGGACGAUAACUUGAACUCGAGUGGAAUUUGCUUGAUUGAAAAACAGCAACAUUGAAGACUUUAAAGAGAGAGGCACGGAUGGCAAAUGCUUCAUAGUUAAGGAGAUCACCCAGAGCUGCACGGAGGAUGUGUCUUUAAAGGAUCUGUUGAUCAUAUUGAGAAGGAAAAGCAGAUUACACCAAUUAAGAUUGCACUGAUAUUCAUCUCAAAACCGCUUUGGACACUUGUUUUCGAGCUGUCAGGAGACACAGACAGCCAACCGAAACGGGGGAAGGGGGGUAGCCUAAAUAAUAAUUUGUCAAAAAUCUAAUUUCUUUCAGCACAAUCUGUGCUCUGUACAGACUCAUUAUAAGGGGCGUCCACGCGUAAUUUCCCCACUAGGCCUGUAUGAGGAUUUGUCAUUCACACCCCUCGGUUGUUGUUUUUAAACUGAUUUGACAUCUGAAUGAAUCAGUAAGAGGAAAAGGCGUGUUCUCCCCUUUCACAUAUAGUAAACAAAAACUCAGAAAAUGACCCUGGAAUCCAUUAUGGCGUGUUGCCUCAGCGAGGAGGCGAAAGAAGCCAGGCGGAUCAACGACGAGAUCGAGAGGCAGCUCCGCCGGGACAAGAGGGACGCACGCCGGGAGCUGAAACUGUUGCUUCUCGGCACUGGAGAAAGUGGGAAGAGCACAUUCAUCAAACAGAUGAGGAUUAUUCACGGCACCGGGUACUCCGACGAGGACAAAAGAGGAUUCACUAAACUGGUCUAUCAGAACAUCUUCACAGCCAUGCAGUCGAUGAUCCGAGCCAUGGAGACGCUCAGGAUCCCCUACAAAUAUGAGCACAACAAGGGCAACGCCAACAUUGUGAGGGAGGUGGACGUAGAAAAAGUCAACAUGCUCGACAACCCUUAUGUAGACGCAAUCAAGAGUUUAUGGAACGACCCGGGCAUCCAGGAGUCCUACGACCGACGGAGGGAAUACCAACUGUCAGACUCCACCAAAUACUAUCUGAACGCAUUGGACCGGAUCGCAAAGCCAGGGUACCUCCCCACCCAGCAGGACGUGCUGAGGGUCCGAGUCCCCACGACGGGCAUCAUCGAGUACCCGUUUGACCUGCAGAGUGUCAUCUUCAGGAUGGUGGACGUCGGAGGUCAGAGGUCAGAGAGGAGGAAGUGGAUCCACUGCUUUGAGAACGUCACGUCCAUCAUGUUCCUGGUGGCGCUCAGCGAGUACGACCAAGUGCUGGUGGAAUCAGACAACGAGAACCGGAUGGAGGAGAGUAAAGCUCUGUUUAGGACAAUAAUCACGUACCCCUGGUUCCAAAACUCCUCCGUCAUUCUGUUCCUCAACAAGAAGGACCUGCUGGAGGAGAAGAUCAUGUACUCUCAUCUGGUCGACUACUUUCCAGAGUACGAUGGUCCUCAGAGGGAUGCUCAGGCGGGACGAGAGUUUAUCCUCAAGAUGUUUGUGGACCUGAAUCCCGACAGCGAUAAGAUCAUCUACUCUCACUUCACCUGCGCCACCGACACGGAGAACAUUCGCUUCGUCUUUGCCGCCGUCAAAGACACCAUCCUGCAGCUCAACUUAAAGGAGUACAACCUGGUGUAGAGCGGAGCCACACACACUGACUGACACUAUCUGUGAAGAGAAAGAACACACACACACACACACUCAUAUGAGAUCAAAUCAGAGA